AUGAUGAAGGGAACACUCUGGAAAAGCACUUCGAACUAUGUGGGAAGCAUGGAGAAGCGAUUCUGUGUCUUGGUCGGCACGCUGGUGCUGGACUUCGAAUCCGAGGACGACUUUUCUUCGGGAGCGCCGCCAAAGGCGGAGGGAGAGGUCAUCGGGGUGUCGGCGUGGAAAGGAAAAUCUCUACAACGCGGGGCGCACCCCGAGGGCUUCGUGUACGUGACCCGCCUGGGCCACACCAACUACUGCGCCGUGCCGUCUAAGCGGCACCACGACGAGUGGAUGCUCUGGAUGAGGACUGCGCUCGACAUGGCGCUGGGCACGGACGGGGUCGGCCCCGCACCGGCCGCCGGGGGAGUUGCGAUAAGCCGGGAGGCGUUGCAUAGGGGGGUGCUGGAGCCUCCGCGGCCGGCGGAGAGCGAGGUUUGCAUGAAGUCGGGGGUGGCGUUCGGGAUGACACAGUCUCGCCACUACUGCUCCAGCUGCGGUAGGGUCUUCGUGGUCGAGCACUGCAAUCAGCGUGUCCCCCUGCCUCACCACGGUUUCGAGCAGGCGGUUCGAGUUUGCGACGAUUGUCUGGAGGCACAGCAGCACCUCACGCACCUAAGGUACAUUUGCUGUACUUUGGACGCCCACCUUCAUGACCAGCGGCGGGCGAACCGGGGGGUGCGCGCGUCGGUAGUGAGGAGGUUGGGGCGGCAGCCGGAAGGGGGCGGCAGCCAAGCGCCCGGGACGUUGUCCAGCUCUCUGAAGGUGGGACUGGACCUCCUUGAACAAGGCGAGCUCAGCGAGGAGGAGUUUAGCGGGCUCGUCAAGGCGGAGGAGGGUUUUCAGAAGGAUGAGGCCUACAACCGCGUCCACGCCGGGUGCCUCGCGGCGUCCUCCCGUCUCGGAGACAGCACCCUGGCGGUCGUGGGGCUGCUGCACAGGGGAGCCGCUGCCGCCCCCUGGAAGGAGUUCAGGGCGGUGGUGCUGCACCUCCGCAUGCUCGCGGAGAAGGACCUGGACUCGAUUGACUUUUUUUGGCCUCAGGUGUUGCACGCGUUUUACUUGCUAGUCCCAACGGUUACCGCGGAGGGCGUUUUUAAGGCCGAGCUGUUGGAGGAUUUCAUCUUGGCGAUGGCUCUUCGCAGCACGCACUUGGCCCUCAAGCUUGUCUGGGGGUUGAAAGGGUACGUAGAAAACCUCCCCCGGGAAGUCGGCCCCUACCCCCGGGAAAGGGAGCCACCGGAAAGCAGGUACGGCGGCUGGGGCAGACAAAUGUUUUCAAUGGACGAUAGGGAGAGAGCGAAGGCGGGGGAUAGGGAGAGAGGGAGGGAAGAGAUAGAGAGGGUCGUGUCUAGAGUUUGUUCGCAGGUGGUGGAGGUCUGCACGGCUACUGCCGUUUCGGAAGCAGAACCGCCUUUUCAAAACGCACACCUCAUCCGACUGGCGGUGGAGGUGGAGGACAUCGUCCUGGCGAGGGCUGACGAGGCUAACUCGUCAAUCUCAUCCGCGCGAAACUGCCGGGGGAGGAGUUGUGGCGGCGGCGGCGGCGGCGGCGGUGGGAGCGGUCGUGGUACCGAUGAGACGGAAUCGGGAGGGGGGAACGGGGGAGGAAUAGCAGCAUCAACGGCGGUAGCAGGGGUGCCGUUGGCGGGGCCAGCCGGGGCAGGGGGAGCAUCGGCCGUGACAAGAGGAGAGGGGGGACCGGAAGCAACAACAGUAGAGGAGACAGCCGUAGCGCAGCCGGAUGUUGGCUGCGAGUCAUUGACUUUCGAGCAGCAGCCGGACCGUCCUUUAGGCCCCGUCGGGAAGAACGGCAACGGCGGCACGCCAGCGAUCGUCGGGGCGCCGCGGAUAGAGAAAAAGGGGAUGAUGCCGGUGAGGCCGGCAAUAGACAGGACCACGUCUUCGCCGUCAAUAGAGCCAGCAGCGCGAUCGGCUGUCGCGGGCGGAGAGGAAGCAAGCUGCCGUGGUGACGGGGGCUCCGUGAAUGGGGACUACUCGGACGGGCGCAGUAGCAGAGCCGGUGGACUAGGAGGGGACACGAGGGAAGCGUCCCCUCUCUCCGAAAGACGCCUCCUCACUACCCUGGUGAGGCCGACGGGCGCCCAGUCUUCGCUCGCGGGGGACGAGCUGCUGCUGCUGCGGGCGCUGCGUGCCGCGGCCGCGGAGCAGCUCGGUCUCGACUACGUGGCGAAGACCCGGUACACGAGCUGGGUCGAAUCUGGUAGUGGCGGGGAGGAAGAGGAGGAGGAGGAGAUGGAGAGGGGCGAGAGCGAAGCGAGGUAUUUUGAGGACCAGCUGACAUUUGUGCAGUCCCUCGUGGACAUCGCCGAGCGCCUCCGUUUCGUCGAACCGGUGACGGCCCGGGGGGAGCACCUCAAGCGUGAGCUGCGGCAGCUUCAGAAGCACGGCGACAACGCCUACGGCGGCGGCGGCGGUGGUGGUGGGGGACCUCGGGGGUUUCUACCGGUGUGCCGGGCCACGGAACCGAUCUGCCCGAUCGUCAGCAUCCCGCCCGAGGAAGGGCACGUCUUCAAGACCAAGCAGCGCGCGCCGACGCUCAUCACAUGCGAGAUCAUCGUGCCGCAGCAGCGGGCCGUGUCGGGCCCGGGGCGAGCAGGAGGAGGCGUGGCGCUGGGUGGGGAUGGCAACGCGGCGUCCCCGCUUCGGCUUCAGCGGCGGGAGACUUCGAGAGGGUCCGAGAGAGAGGAGGUGGAGGAGAUGAUCGAGUCGCAGAUCGAGGGACAAGGAAGCUUAGGCCGUUCGAUCGACAACAAGGACGCCGACGGCGGCAGUCACCGCUCGGGGAGCGGCUCCUUUGGCGGCGGCACCGGCUCCGGCGGUCUUGUGCCCCCGACGCCCCCCAGAGCGGGGGCGGGGUACCCGUGGUCAACGCCGCAGCCGCAGCCCCCCCGCCUGCUGCUGCGCACCCACAGCGACCCUCCUGUGCCGCGAACCGGCUUCGGCGGCGGCGGUGGUAGCGCGCCGGCGGCGGCGGAGCGGUGUGGUGCUCCGGUCAGGCGUCUCUCCCUAGGGGGCAAGGCUAAGUCGGUGCCGUCGCGAGCGGGCAACGGACCUCACGGCGACACCGGCAGCGGCGAGGACGGCGAUGUGUCCUUGGGUGAUUCGGCGGUGUACCCCGAAGUCCUCUCGGCCGUAGGUUUGGAGCCGGCGUCUUGGGACGGGGGGGCGCGUCCAGCGACAGCGCCGGCGGUAUCGGCUGGGUUUGGUGCGCCCGACAGGGAGGCGUUUGCGUCUGCCGCAACCCCGCCUAAAGCCGGUGGGCACGACGGGAGCGGUAGCGGUAGCGUUAUGGCCAUGGAGACUCUAUCGCCGCCGUCGCUGAAGAACAAUUCCAGCAGCGGCAGCAAGGUCUCGCUCAUGGAGCGACAGGAUUUGGUCCUGCCCGAACCUGUGCGUGAGAAAGGUCGCACCGGGGAGGAACAGGCAUCUGACGUCGCUGACUUCAUGCUCAGGUCCCACGGUGGACACGAGCUCCUCCGACAUAGCCCCCUCGGCAAAAAGGCGAGCGGCAUCGGCGACGAGGGCAAGAGAUCGGCGAGAGGGUGGGGCGAGGCGGAGGGCGGCAGCAGCGUUGGCGAUGCCGCCGCUGUUGCUACUGCCGAUGGGAAUGGUGACGAAGGCGCGAGCAGCAGCAGACGUCCAACCGGCGACGCAGGCGACGGCGGCGGCGAUGAGGAGGUUACCCCAUUGGGCGGCGGCGGCGGCGGCGGCGCGGUGGAGAGAGAUCCCAAGCAUGCGGAUAUCGAGCGGGAAGUCCGUGAGCAGCAGGGAGGGGGGGUGCGCACCGACGGCAGCGGUGGCGUUGAGUCGCGAGGCGGCUUGCAGCGGAAGGAGUCCAUGGCCGUGUCGCAGGCCCGGGAGUUGCUCCUGCAGGGCUUGAUCUCUUCUGAGGAGCUGGAGGCCGUCGUCCAGAAGGAUCAGGCUUUCACGGAGGUUGUUGAGCAGCACGCGUUCUUGGACGUGCAGUUCUGCGUGGGGCAGGCGUUCGGGGAGUCGUGGGCGGGCAAGCGCGCGCGCAUCAAGGCCGCGUCGGCGCUGGGGUCGGAGGCCGGGUGGGACUUGGUCAGCAUCAUCGUCAAGAGCAACGACGACAUGCGGCAAGAGGUCUGCGCGCUCCAACUGAUAGGCCUGUGCCAGAGAAUUUUCGCGGAGGCGCGGCUGGACCUCUUCCUGGAGCCGUACGUCAUCGUGUCCACCGGGUCAUCGUCAGGCCUCGUGCAGUGCCUCACCGACGCCAUGAGCAUUGACGCGCUCAAGAAGAAUACCGGCGUCGUGACCCUCCGCGACCACUUCGAGAGGACUUACGGCGAGCCGGCGUCGAGCCGGUUCCUGGAGGCUCAGCGUAACUUCGUCAACAGCCUUGCGGCGUACUCGCUGGCGUCGUACGUGCUCCAGAUCAAGGACCGACAUAACGGCAACAUCCUUCUAGACACGGAGGGACGUCUGAUCCACAUCGACUUCGGUUUCAUCCUCGGCAUGGCACCGGGCGGAAACUUCGCUCUCGAAAACUGCCCGUUCAAGCUACCCACGGAGUACGUGGACGUCAUGGGCGGGUUGGAGUCGCAGGCGUUCAUGGAUUUUGUGGUGGCGUUCACGUGCGGGUUUCUGACGCUCCAGGCCCACGGCGGUCGGCUGGUGAAGCUCCUGGGCAUGAUGACGCAGAAGUCGCCGUUCCCGUGCUUUCAGGGGAAGGACCCGCCCGAGAGCAUUGUCGCCAAGCUCAGCGAGCGCCUGAUGCCACACCUGGACAAGAGCGAGACGGUCGCGUUCUGCCUGGAGCUGAUUCGAGAGAGCUACAACAACUACGGGCAGAGGCAGUUCGACUACUACCAGUGGCUCACCAACGGAAUCAUGGCGUGAUUUUUUUUCGUGGGGGAUCGAUCACCUUGCUUGGCUGCUUCGUUUUUUAAUAGGGGCGUUUUAAACAGAUCACCUUUCUCCCGUAUUUUAUGUAGGGAAACUUUGCGAAGCAAGUUCG